AUGGAGUUACACACAUUCUUCGUCUUGCUGCAAUUUUAUAUAUCGGCUGCGCAAGCUUCGCCAUGGAUCGGCACCGAGUACGUUGCUCUCGUGGAAUCAACUAUCGGAUCAGGCUACACGGGGCGGUAUUACACAAAUGACCCUCUAGUAAUGACCUACACCAAACUCAUCACUCCCACUGUGCCAAAUCCCACUGCUACCAGCACCAUCACCGAUGUGGAAUAUUACAACGGAGUCACAGCGAUUCAACUCGUCGUUGAGCCCACAGCUGGAGUCAUCAACACGGGUUAUGACUACCUUAAUCACUACGCGACGGUGACUUAUACGGCGCCCGCGUCGUGCUCCUAUACAACAAGUCAAUCGCUUACGACAAUCAUCCCAAUCAAUGUCCCGAGAGCCGCAGAGGGUCUUGUCCACCCCAGCCUUGUCACCACAACUAUCACUUACAAGUAUAUCACGGACAGCAAUACGCAAACAAGAGCCAUGCUUGAUGUCUCUGAUAUUCCCACGAGUGUAUUCUCCUCUGCCAGCUCUUAUUACAAACCAUCCAUGUACAAAACCUGCGACAGUGAUUACCGAACAGGACGGACGACUUAUGUUAGUGGUGGGGGUUCAACUCGAUAUUCCGGGUGCAGCAAGUUCGUCUGGUAUAUUGGCGGCUCUGAAUUCUCAGGUGGAUACUGCUGUUCAGACGGGUGCCAUUAUACCUGGGGCAUUUCACCUCUGGCUCUAGGCCUCGCAAUCUUCUUUGGGUGGUUCGGGCUGUUCUUGAUCAUUGGUCUCAUCGAAAGCUGGUUCAUGUUCCGCCGGGCUAUGCUUGGCCAAAAAGCCCGCCGUGGCCUCCCUUACGGAUUUGCCUGUUUGUGUCCAAUUGUUUCAUGUUUGUUUCUCAUCACCGUCAAAAAAUACCCUGCGAAGUCGCCGGAGGAACAGGCCUUCCUUGUCGCAAGAUGGAACGACAUGUCUGCCAGCUCUAAGCUUGGAUGGUGGCUGAAAUAUCUUUUGCGUCGCAAGGAUCCUGCCGCUGUCGUCCUUGGGCGCCCGCAGGCCGGGCAUGCUCCGCAUCCUCCGCAGCCAUAUCCUCCGCAGGGUGGACCAUGGUAUCCAGAAAUGCGUGGCCCUGACGGGGCACCAAUGGCAGGAUAUCCUCCGCACGGAUAUCCACCCCAAGCGUACCCACCUCAGGCAUAUUCCACUCCACUCGCUGUUAGUGAAAUGAGUGAGGGUGGAGAUGGUCAGCCUCAGUCAAUUCAGCCCAAAACCGUGGAAGUAAGGGAGGCGCGGAAGUAG